CACUGUAUGGUUUUCGUGAUCAAGCACGGAGAACUCGGAACUACAAUAUAAGCAACCUUUUACGUUUCGUAGACGUACAAAUUCUCCCUGGAUUUUCAUUUUUGGAGGUCGGGCGUUUUUCAUUGUGGUCCGUGUGGCCAGUAUCACAGAACUUGCGUGUAACGUGUUGGUAGGGUUUUUGCUGAACUCUUUAUGAUUUUGAACUGUGAAUGACGCUCGCAAAACAGUUCCAUAAAUUUGUAAUCGCUGCGCCUGCAUGGCUGCCGCAGAUUCACAGGUCUCUGUCAAAUUCGAUUUGUGGAACUUCAGAAGGAAUUAUCGGGUCACUGAAAACGAUCCUUUCGGACCGAGCUCCGGUUACUUACGGCACUUGUGUCAUCCCUUCCAAAGAUUUCGGGUUAUUUUACGGGAAAGCUGACAGCGGAUCCACGGCACGGCACAUAUAUUUGCACAACGCAUCGGCAGCGGAAGCAGAGCUGCUGACGCGUGCCUGUCAAGCAGCGACGUUUGGCCUGAAUAAACAGGAUGUUUACGACGAAACAUAUCGCAGGGCGGGUAAAAUGGACGUCGACGAUUUCGCUGCCAAGUUUGAUGUGGAGCGCUCGGGAAUUCUGGCGCGGGUAAAGAACGAUCUGCUGGAUGGACGAAGCAGCGCCAGGGCAGUGGAGUGCGAGCUCUACAAACUGAACGUGUACGGCGAAGGUGGCUUCUUUAAACCGCAUAAGGAUACGCCGAGGAGCGGGAAGAUGUUUGGAUCGCUGGUGAUCGUGUUCCCGGUUGCGCACACGGGCGGCGAAUUGAUUCUGCGCCACGGCGGGAAAGAGUGGGCGUUUGAUGCCGGAAAGGAGCUGGCCGCCACUGCCCGCCCGUCAGUCGGCUACGUGGCUUUCUACAGCGACGUGGAGCACGAAGUGGCCCCGGUCCAGUCCGGACACCGCGUCACACUGACCUACAACCUGUACUUCGGCGACAAUUCUGAUAAUGAUCAGACAACUCUGCCGGAGUCAGAAGCCGCUGUUCACCAGGAAAAAGAGUUUAAAAAGGGACUGGAGCAGCUGUUGGCUGAUCCCUUGUUCCUUCCGUACGGUGGCAUCAUUGGUUUCGGCCUGCAGCAUGAAUAUCCGAUAAGCGCGAAGACGGUUGCGGCCAGUUUCGCUGGUCGUCUGAAGGGAAACGACGGAUUGAUCGAACGGGUGUGUAAUCAGCUGGGCGUCCCGAUCGAACCGAAGAUCCUCAGCAGAACUUGGGAUGUCGACCGCAAAAGGGAUCGCGGCUAUCCUGAUCCGGAAAUGGAAGUCUUAACUGACGCGGUCGUGGACUGGUCAGAGGAACAAGAAGUCCCCGACAGCGAUAUGGUUGAAAUGCUGACGGAAAGAGGAGCCAUAUUUCUCCCUCAUCUGAAGGAUGGUCGAAUCGAUGCUACGGUUUAUGAUGAAGAAAAAGACGGCCACGUUCCGGUCCCGACAACCGAUAUUCACUGGAUUACCGAAGUGACGAAUUCGAAACACAACACCGUUAAGACUGAGUAUGUCAUAUAUGGAAACCAACCCUACCUAGACCACAUGUACGGGACCAUCUGCCUCAUUGCCUACGUUGGUCCUCCUGAAAACCGCCGGCUUUCUUGAAGGGUCCCGGAAAGAACUCGUACAAGUUAUUGAGACUGUUCGCUUCUUAUCUUAAUAUCUUCAGUGUUCAGUCUGAUGAUUACUCUGAUCGUUUUGUUACUUUGAUGACUGUUGCCUGUUGAAUUUAUUAGCGUAAUUGUUCGAUUGAUCCAAUCGUGGCAUGGAAAGCCAAAUCGGUUUUGGCUGUCGAACGAUUAACAGAAGUAAAAAAAGAAACCGAACUUGCAUUAAAAAAGAAA